AUGACUCUCACACCCGCUUAUGUCAUGAUCAAAGAGCCGUCCAAUGAAACAAUGAGUGCCACAGAAGAGUGUCGACGUCUGGCGGAACCAUUUGUGGUGACGGGCGAAGUGGUGCACGGCUUCGGCCGCGGGAGCAAAGAGUUGGGUAUUCCCACCGCUAAUGUCGACCCGGAGGUCGUCAAAGCCAUCGGCACUCAACUCGAGAGCGGGAUUUACUACGGCUUCUGCCAAUUGGUUCCCACGACGACAGCCACAGCACCGCAAGUGUCCAAUGGUGUCGUCGACACCACCGCUGCCCACGAGUCCCGACCGCCUGUCUAUGGGAUGGUCUGUAGUCUGGGUUGGAAUCCACAGUACAAUAACACCAUCCGAUCCCUCGAAGCAUAUAUUCUGCAUAAGUUUGACACCGAUUUCUACGGAUCCACUCUUCGAGUGGCCAUUUGU